GGCAGAGUUGUCCCUGUGGCCGCCAUUAAAGAAAGGAAUCCAUGAAUUCAAAUGGAAACCAACAGGAACCGAGACUGAAAUAAUGAUCGAAAUAAUCGUUAAAACGUAGGCCGGUGCCAGAUUUCGAGAGGUUGUAACAGGAUGUAUUUCAUUUUUGAGCUAAAAUUUGCGAUGGAAGAAUGAGACAGGACGUUUUUAUUUUUUUAUUUUUUUAAGCGGAGACCGUUUUAGGGCUAAGGGGGAGGGGGAGAGUUGCUUCUUUGCUCUCCUUUUCUUUUUGUUUUAUGAACAUUUUACUCUUCUUUGAAUUUGGUUUUACUGUGUACUUUAGAGAUGUCGACAUAGAGACCACACAGUCUCUUUUGUCCGCUUUUAGCUGCGGCGGAGGAAACUGCAGUCGGAAGGUUGUUGAAUUAACUAUCCUCCAGCCAAAUGUUACAAAAAAUAUUUCUUGUUGAUUAAGCUUGCACAUCACAGAAAACACAAAUCCGCGAAUUGUUCUUUAUUUCCCGGGAAGUGAAACGAUGGAGAGUUGGAUCUUACAGUGAAGAAGGAUGAGUUCUUGUUUUGUACCAAACGGGGCCAGCUUGGAGGAUUGCCAUUCCAAUCUAUUCUGUCUGGCUGACUUGACGGGGAUCAAAUGGAAGAGGUUUGUGUGGCAGGGUCCCACCUCUGCUCCCAUCCUCUUCCCGGUGACAGAGGAGGACCCAAUCCUAUGCAGCUUCAGUCGUUGCCUGAAGGCCGAUGUGCUAAGCGUAUGGCGGCGCAGCCAGCGGCAGGGCCGGAGGGAGCUUUGGCUCUUCUGGUGGGGGGACGACCCCAACUUUGCUGAUCUCAUCCACCACGAACUUACAGCUGAGGAUGAUGGUCUGUGGGAACACGGCCUUUCCUACGAGUGUCGCACUCUGCUGUUCAAAGCUAUCCACAACUUGCUGGAGCGUUGCCUCAUGAAUCGCAGCUUUGUUCGCAUCGGAAAGUGGUUUGUGAAACCCUACGAGAAGGAUGAGAAACCCAUCAACAAGAGUGAGCAUCUAUCCUGCGCCUUCACCUUCUUCUUACAUGGCGAAAGUAAUGUGUGCACCAGUGUGGAGAUCAAUCAGCACCAGCCCAUCUACCAUCUCACAGAGGAGCACCUCACUUUGGCCCAGCAGGCAUCCAGCCCAUUUCAAGUAAUCCUGAGUCCAUUUGGCCUGAAUGGGACGCUGACUGGCCAGUCAUUCAAGAUGUCAGACCCCCCCACCCAGAAACUGAUUGAGGAGUGGAACCAGUUCUAUCCCAUCAGUCCCAGUGCCAAGGAGGGCGUGUCAGAAGACAAGGCGGAGGACAUGGACUGGGAAGAUGAAUCUCUGGCCUCUGUGGAGGUCCUUGUUGGUGGUGUGCGUAUGGUUUACCCAGCCUGCCUGGUGCUGGUACCCCAGUCAGACAUCCCUGUUGUGGCCCCUGUGGGGUCUUCCCACUGUACUGCCGUCUACUCGGGUGGCCACCAAGUGCCUGCUUCCCAGCGAGAGCCUGCCAUGUCUUUGGUGACCCUCACCCCUCCCACAUCACCUGAAGAGGCGCACACAGGUAGUUGUGCAGUGGACUCUCACUCGACCCAGAAGUGGGUUAAGAUGCCUUCAUCAUCCAAUGCAUUCAGUGUAGACAGAACAAGCCACCAUGGAGGAAAGAUUCCACGUCGGCUAGCCAGUCAGUUGGUGGAGCAUGUCUGGCAAGAAUGCAAUAUCAACAGAGCCCAGAACAAGCGGAAGUUUCCAGCUGCAACCAAUGGUACCUGUGAGGAGGAGGUGACGGAGAAAAUGGGAGCCUGGGAUUUUGUGGAGCCUUCGCAGAGAUCCUACUGCAGCUGUUCCAGAUACAAAUCACUAAAGCAGCGAGGAAGCAGCACGCCAGGACAACCUCAGUCAGCAGGCCAGCCCUCCCAACCUCCAACCAAGCACAAAACUGGAGGAGAAAAGCCAGAAAAAGGUGAAAAGCAGCAGAAAAGACCCCAGACACCCUUCCAUCAUCGCAGCCCGACCAGCGACGAAACAUCCAUGGAGACGGAAACAACGGUAGGCCAGCGGCUGGCCUUGAGGAGUCAGGAUGGGGGGAGAUUUCGUUCGUCAGAUGUUACCUCCAUCCCCAAAGCCCCCCAGCUCCAUAGUGGGGGGAUCAGCGCUGGGCCUUCAGAGCAGGCUAACUCCCCCCAACCCCCACCACUUAGCCCCCACCCUUGUGAGCGUGGUGAGGAUUCAGGGAUGGGCAUGAAGAACCCUUCAACCCCCAACAGUCAACACUUUUACCAGUCACCCCCAGAGCCCUGUCUGGUCGGGGUAAAGGGUGGCAGCGAAGAGCAUGGAGGGCCAGAAUGUCUGAAUCAGCAUUUCCAUACCCAUCACCCCCACCCGCAUCCUGGAACCUCCACCUACUCUGAGCCGCCUGAGCCCACUGUGUAUAUGGGUGCAGUAGUCAGCCUGGAGGACGACGACGGCUCCCAUGCGCCGUGGAGGUUAUUUAACCUUCCCCGUAGGAAAGAAAUCGAACUGCUCAUGCCACUGCUGCCCGCAGACAAGCUAAGGGAGGAGGCCUCAGCAUUACAAGACCUGGUGUCGGUCACAGAUGUCAUGUCUACAACUAAAUGGACACUUAAGGUGUCUGAAGAGCGUGUCCAAAUGUAUCGAGCCAGGAGGAACCAGUACCUUUCUGCUGCCGUAACAGAUGGAGAUCACGAGCUGGAGGUGGACCCCUAUGCCUUUGAGGAAGGAGAUGUUAAGUUCACCUUUUCCAACAAGAAGGAUAAGGCAGGAGGAGAGCGUGAGCCAGGAAAAAAACACAAGGGUGAAGAUGGAGGAACAGGUCAGUCAGAUGAUGCUCAACGUGCGGCUGCCCACAACCGCAUGGCCUCCACCAGCCUCAUCUACGAGACGGACCUGGUGGUGUCCAUCAACGACCUGGACAACCUUUUCAACUCAGAUGAGGAUGAUCUGGCGCCUGGCUCCAGACGACCGGUGAACGGAACAGAUGAGAGAUUCGGUAGUAAGGAAUCAAAGCCAUCCACGUUGGACACUGGAUCUUGUUCAGCAGACUUGCAGAUGUUUCCCACACCUCCCUCUGUGGAUUUCACCGGCAACUCACCCAUGAAUGUGUGCACCAAGGAGUACGGCAGCAUUGAGCCCAGCACAGGCAUGACCAUGCUGGAUGGCACCUCAACUCUGGGGGGUCACUUCAAGAUCGAGGUCGAGGAGAGCUUCUGCAGUCCUAAACCAUCUGAGAUCAAGGACUAUUCCUUUGUGUACAAGCCAGAGCUGUGUCAGGCAUUUGUAGGCUGCUCCAUGUUCGCGCCUCUCAAGACGUUACCCAGCCAGUGUCUCCCACCUAUUAAAAUACCAGAAGACUGCAUCUAUCGACCAAGCUGGACCAUGGGCAGGGAGAUGCUCAACCCUGUGCCUGUGAUGACCUUCCUCAGCAAAGACAGUGUUGGCAACAUCAUGGAUCAGGACUACAGCCAGACCUACACCCCUCAAACCCACACUCCCUUUAUGUCAAACAGUGCUCCACCAAGUAACAGUGGCACUGGUAUUCUGCCUUCACCUGCCACCCCGCGUUUCUCAGCCCCCACGCCCCGUACACCUCGCACCCCACGGACACCUCGCGGCCCCUCAAGCGUCCAAGGCUCGCUCAAGUACGAGAACUCCGAUCUGUACUCACCAGCGUCCACCCCAUCCACCUGCAGACCGUUGAACUCUGUGGAACCGGCCACGGUACCUUCCAUCCCCGAAGCGCACAGCCUCUACGUCACGCUCAUCCUCUCAGAGUCGGUCAUGAACCUCUUCAAGGAUUGCAACUUUGACAGCUGCUGCAUCUGUGUGUGUAACAUGAACAUCAAAGGAGCUGACGUUGGCGUGUACCUGAGCGACCCCAUCAGCGAAGCCCAGGAACCCUGCAGCUGUGGCUUCAGCGCCGUGGUCAACCGCCGAUACGGAAAUGGCUCGGGCCUCUUCCUGGAGGAUGAGCUGGACAUCAUCGGCCGGGGCUCGGACAUCAGCAGGGAGGCAGAAAAGCGCUUUGAGGAGCUGCGGCUCUCCUCACUGGAGAGAACUGGGGUUGGAAGAGGGGACCGUAUCCCAGAUGAGCUGAUUCUGCUCAUGCAGGAGCAGUGCACCAACCCCUUUUCACCCAUUUCAGUCCCAGAUCAUGACAUGGUGACACGGGGGCCAAGUGGGGCCCCUGCACCCCCUUGUGUAAGGGUGGAGGAGAGGGACUAUCACAGCGACUGCUACAUGGCCCUGGAGCAUGGCAGACAGUUCAUGGACAACAUGUCAGGCGGCAAGGUGGACGAGGCGCUGGUGAAGAGCACCUGCCUGCACCACUGGGACAAACAAAAUGCAGUGGACGUAAGUGCGCUGUGUUCUCAGGAUGUGCUGCGGGUGCUGUUGUCCCUGCAGCCUGUUCUCCAGGACGCAAUCCAGAAGAAGAGGACGGUGCGGUCGUGGGGCGUUCAGGGUCCCCUCACCUGGCAGCAGUUUCACAAGAUGGCUGGACGGGGCUCUUAUGGCACAGACGAGUCUCCAGAGCCUCUGCCCAUCCCCACCUUCCUGGUGGGAUACGAGUACGACUUUGUGGUGCUGUCGCCGUUUGGUCUGCCCUACUGGGAGAAACUCCUGCUGGAUCCAUUUGGCUCCCAGCGAGACAUUGGGUACCUUGUUGUUUGUCCUGACAAUGAGGCCCUACUCAGCGGUGCCAAGAGCUUCUUCCGAGACCUCACCGCUGUCUACGAGUCUUGUCGCUUGGGUCAGCACCGGCCCAUUUCAAAGGGCUACCCUGAUGGCAUAGUCCUCGUAGGGGGCAGUGGAGCCAAAAACCUCAUGGAUCAGCCAGUCAGCGACUGGUUCCUCAAGGCUGCCAGCGGCAACUGCGACGCCUUCACUAAGCUCAAACUCUAUGCACAAGUGUGCCGCCACAACCUCGCUCCAUACCUCGCAUCACAGCCGUUAGACGGUUCCCUCCUCACACAGCCCAGUCCUCCACCUUCAUCCAGCCAGUCAUCAUCCACACAACAGUCUAGCUCCACCUCCAGCACUGUCAGCCAGCAGGGCUCCUCAGUUUCUAACAACAGCAACAGCAGCAGUAACAACGGUGGGUCUGGAAACAGCUCAGCAUCAUCCAACAGCCUUGCAACACUUUCAGGACAAGCUGGCAGCACAAUACCAUCUGCCAAGCCCAACUCUUUUCCCUCCUUUGGAAGCAUGAGCAACCAGGGCUCCCAGAGUGGACAGCUGGGACAGCAGGCUGGCACCCAGAAUACUGGCACCUCAGGGGACAACUCCAGCAGCCAGCCCCAGGGAACAAUCGAGCCUCCUGAAAGCACUUUGGAACGAGAAAAGGUAGGCGUACCCACAGAUGGGGAGUCCCAUGCUGUGACGUAUCCACCUGCCAUAGUUGUUUACAUUGUGGACCCCUUCAGCUACGAGGAGGCUGAUGGUGGCUCAGUGCCAGAGCCAGCCCACUCCAGCGUGUGGACGCUGGGUUUGCUACGCUGUUAUCUCGAGAUGCUUCAGUUCCUGCCCCCACACAUCCGUAAUUCCAUAUCUGUACAGAUUGUCCCAUGUCAGUACCUGCUUCAGCAGGUACGAGGUGAAGACCGCCAUAUCUACGCCCAGCACCUCAAAUCCCUAGCGUUCUCUGUCUUCGCCCAGUGCAGACGGCCGCUUCCCACCUCCACCAACGUCAAGUCGCUGACCGGAUUUGGACCGGGCUUAGCCAUUGACACCGCACUGAAGAGCCCAGAGAGACCGGAGUGUUUGCGUCUAUAUACGCCUCCAUUCAUCCUUGCACCUGUUAAGGACAAGCAGACAGAGCUGGGGGAGACAUUUGGUGAGGCAUCGCAGAAAUACAACGUGCUGUUUGUAGGAUAUUGUUUGUCCCACGACCAGCGUUGGCUUCUGGCGACGUGUACUGACCUGUAUGGGGAGCUUCUGGAGACAUCCAUCAUCAACAUAGAUGGGCCCAACAGGGCACGGAGGAAAAAAGGGUCAGUUCGGCGGCUCGGCCUGCAGAAGCUCUGGGAUUGGUGCUUGGGACUAGUGCAGAUGACGUCAGUUCCAUGGAGAGUGGUGAUUGGCCGAUUGGGCAGGAUAGGGCAUGGAGAGUUAAAAGACUGGAGUAUACUGUUAAGCAGGAGAAACCUCCAGUCGCUCAGUCGGCGGCUGAAGGAAAUGUGUCGAAUGUGCGGAAUCUCUGCCUCAGACACUCCCAGCAUCCUCAGUGUAUGUUUGGUCGCCAUGGAGCCACAGGGGUCCUUUAUCAUCAUGCCAGACUCUGUGUCAACCGGCUCUGUGUUUGGCCGGAGCACCACCUUAAACAUGCAGACGUCACAGCUCAGCACCCCACAGGACACCUCCUGCACCCACAUCCUGGUUUUCCCCACCUCUGCCUAUGUCCAAGUCGCAAGCUCCAGUUACACCAACAUCGACACCAACAUUGACAUUCUCAAUCCCACCACCGAUGGCUCAGAUGGUAUUGGAAUCUUUGACCUGCUGGACCAGGAGAACGAGUUAGUGGAUCCAGACAUCAUCAACAUCUCACCAACCACUUCACCAGUACACUCUCCCGGCUCUCAUUACCACCAUGGAGGUGAUGGCAGUAAGGGCCAGAGCACAGACCGGAUGGAGUCUCAUGAAGAGGUUCCUAACCUCCUGCAGCAGCCUCUGGCGCUUGGCUACUUUGUCUCCACGGCGAAGGCCGGCCCUCUACCUGACUGGUUCUGGUCAGCUUGUCCGCAGGCUCAGAAUCAAUGUCCGCUUUUCCUCAAGGCCUCUUUGCACCUCCAUGUGUCUUCAGUGCAAUCAGAUGAACUACUGCAUAGCAAACACUCCCACCCCCUUGACUCCAAUCAGACCUCAGACGUACUCAGAUUUGUGCUGGAGCAGUACAACGCCCUCUCCUGGCUCACGUGUGACCCAGCCACACAGGACCGGCGAUCGUGUCUGCCCAUUCACUUCGUGGUGCUCAACCAGAUGUACAACUUCAUCAUGAACAUGUUGUAACCAGCAGCCUGUUACAGGAAGGGAUGAAGGGGAAAAUCUGAGAGAAGAGAAAGCAAGUUUGAUUUCAUCGGGCUGGAUCCUGUACCAAGAUGGGAUCGGAUGGUUUCUCAAAGCCUGUCCGGCCCUUUUCCUCUGUGGCUGUUACUGGCUGAUACAGUCCUGUCCCUGUGAUUUAAAGACAUUCAUAUAGCAACUAGGGAAUAAAGAAGAGGGGCGAAGCAGAAGUAAAGUUUCAGUUAAUGAACGUGAGAGAAUGACAGCUUGAUUGUCAUGGUAUGUAGCAUGGCAGCACUGUCACCUGCCAGUCUGUAUCGGAAACUCUACCUGUGAAGUUAUUGGAAGAAAAGGGACAUUUUUGAUCAAGGAAUUAACUCAAGAAUGGAUCUUUGGUUUUAAGACAUGAAAUUUCUUAAUGCUUUGGAUGAAAUAGUAUCCAAAUAAAAUGCCUGCAUCUAUCUUAUUUAUUGUAAGUUUUUAAAUGUAUAAUUUGUCUUAUUUCUUAACUUCUUAUACACACACACACACACACACAUAUAUAUAUAUAUGUAUAUAUAUAUAUAUAUAAAUAAAUAUAUAUAUAUAUAUAUAUAUAUAUAUGUGGAGAAGGUUCAUAUCACCUUCCUGCUUUAAAGCGACUGGUCUAAGAUAUAUGUAACCGUCUUAAUAAAACAACCUGGAAAAUUCUCAUAAAAAAAAGUCCCAGUAGGUUGCUUUUAGAGUAUUAUUUUUUGUAAUGAAGACAGAAUAUUUGUAUAGUCACGAUGUACAGAAGAAUUAGAGUGGAGAAUUAUGUUGUAUGUUCAUGCCUUUGAGCGUGAAGGACUUACAGCAAAGCUGUAGCUACAGAGGACUUGUACAGCAAUGAACUUCACUGUGUUCAAAUAAAGAGGUACAUUGUUGUAUAUAGUAUUUUAUACCGCACAUUUAGACACAAAAACCAAAUGGCAAUAUAUAUAAAUAAUUAUAUAUGAAUGCCAUGCCAGCAUUUGGUGGUGUGGCUUCUGUUUUAGGAAUAAAGUGCGUCAACUGAU